GUUCCUCGACCUGCCCGAAGGAGGUGGCUGAGAAAGCCUUUGACACGGUCGAGACCCAUGAUAGCGAAUCCGAGACAGAGUUUGAGGCUAGUGCAGAGGUUGGCUUGACGGGCUCCGCUGCUGCUUCGGCUUUGCCUCUUGGGCGGCACAUCAUGGGCUCUAGCAGCUCCUCAGAUCCUGCGCCACCCGAGCCCAGACCGCGAGAGCCCCGUGAGCCCAAGAAGAAGACAGUAUCGCAGGAGUCUUGGGUGGUUCUGAAAUCGGCAACGGUGAAGAUCACCGAAGCUGAUGGGGGCGCGCAGUUCGUGGAGGCCUGCGUAGGUGAUUCCGAAAUGGUGAUUCAGCUGCUGAAGUCUGCCUAUGGCCAGCUGAAGGAGAGCAUCGCCCGCAAUGACCCGGACGACAAGAAGAAAAUUAGCAUGGAUGACCUGAUCGAUGCUGUGAAGCAGUAUGACACGAAGAUGAAGGUGAUCCGGAAGGCGAUGCCAGCCCCGUCAACGGAUGGACAGGGUGACAGCAGCAAGCCCAAGGCGAAGGCAAAAGGAAAGAGCAAGAAGUGA